ACAAACAGAAGGAAAAUGCGGAAGUGAAAUUACGAGUGGAUUAGUUUUUUUGUGACCACUAUUCUUUCCUCGUGGAGGAAACGACCUGCUGAAUAGCCAACUCGUUAUCAGUCACCUUAAAAUGUCAAAACAACAGUUGUUGCGUGUGUUUUUAAAUGAGCGCUUAACUGCGGCUGCUGUGGAGAUUUUCGGUGCAGUUGAGAAAAAGGUAGUGGAGUACCAGGAGGAGAAUGAUCGGCUACGGAGACUGCUGGGGAUCAAACCGGAGGUUAAACUAUGUAGUACAGACUCCCUGCAGCUCUCUGUCUCUGAAGAGGAGGUUCCCCCUGAGCAGCAGCACUGUGAGCAGGAGUGGAGCCCCAGUCUGGGACAGAAGGACCCAGAGACCAAACAGAUUAAAGAGGAACAGGAGGAAGUCAGGACCAGUCAGGAGGAAGAGCAGCUUCAAGGGCUCGUUGAUACCAAAGACUCCAUAUUAACUACUUCCUGUGUGAAAAGUGAAUGUGAUCAGAAGGACCCAUGUCAAGAAGCCGUACUAGCUGAACACCCAACUCUCAGUCCACUGAAAACAUCUAAACUACAGUUGUUUUGUGUGUUUUUAAAUGAAUGUUUAACGACAUCUGCUGCUGUUGAGAUUCUUGGUGCGAUUGAGGAAACUGUAGCAGAGUACCAGGAGGAGAAUGAUCUGCUACGGAGACUGCUGCGGAGGACACCAGAGAUACAACUAUGUAGAAUAGACUCCCUGCAGCUCUCUGUCUCUGAAGAGGAGGUUCCCCCUGAGCAGCAGCACUGUGAGCAGGAGUGGAGCCCCAGUCUGGGACAGAAGGACCCAGAGACCAAACAGAUUAAAGAGGAACAGGAGGAAGUCAGGACCAGUCAGGAGGAAGAGCAGCUUCAAGGUCUCUUUGAUACCAAAGACUCCAUAUUCACUACUUCCUGUGUGAAAAGUGAAUGUGAUCAGGAGGACCAAACCAAGACUGUGGAGAACAGAGAGAGAGACUCUAAACCAGUGAAUCUCAAACCUUCUGUCACUGUGACCCACAUUAAGGGUCUCAACAUUCCCUGUUACCCUCCAGAUAAUCAAAACAAUGCCUCCAGACACAGUUCAGCUGUAAGCAGCUACACAGUAGGACUUGACAGCUGCCCACCAUUGGAUCCCAGUCCACCAUUGGAUCCCAGUCCACCAUUGGAUCCCAGUCCACCAUUGGAUCCCAGUCCCAGUCCAAUGGGGGAACACUGUUCCAAACCCAGCACCACAGCUAGAAAAACCUACUACUGCCGUGACUGUGGUGCAAGAUUUGUUCUGAAAGCUGACCUGCAGAGACACGUGACUCUCUACAGUAAGAUACCCAGUGAAUGUAGUUCCUGCCAAAAACGCUACAACUCCACCUGUAAACUGAAGGCCCAUGUCCGACUCUGUCACAGUGGUAAACCCUGCACCUGCCCUGUUUGUGGAAAGACCUUCAAACUCAAAGGAGUUCUGUCCAGACACAUGAGGAUUCACACAGGAGAGAAACCGUUUACCUGUGGUGAGUGUGGGAAAAGCUUCAAUCGCACGGAUUUCCUAACCAGGCAUAAACUGACUCACACAGGAGAGAAGCCAUUCACCUGUGGUGACUGUGGGAAAAGCUUCAAUCGGAAGGAGACCUUAACUACGCACAAACUGACUCACACCAAAGAGAAACCAUUUAGCUGUGAUGAGUGUGGGAAAGGCUUCAAUCGGAUGGUGAGCCUAACCUCUCAUGAACUGACUCACACAGCAGAGAAACCAUUUAGCUGUGGUGACUGUGGGAAAAGCUUCCAUGUCAAAAGGAGCCUAACCAGGCAUAAAUUGACUCACACCAGAGAGAAACCAUUUAGCUGUGGUGACUGUGGGAAAAUCUUCCAUCUCAAAAGCAACCUAACUAGGCACAAACUGACUCACACCAGAGAGAAGCCAUUUACCUGUGGUGACUGUGGGAAAAGCUUCAAUCGGAAGGAUACCUUAACUUUGCACAAAUUGACUCACACCAGAGAGAAACAAUUUAGCUGUGAUGAGUGUGGGAAAGGCUUCAAUCAGAAGUUGAGCCUAACCACUCAUGAACGGACUCACACCAGAGAGAAACCAUUUAGCUGUGGUGACUGUGGGAAAAGCUUCCAUCUCAAAAGGAACCUAACCAGGCAUAAACUGACUCACACCAGAGAGAAACCAUUUAGCUGUGGUGACUGUGGGAAAAGCUUCCAUCUCAAAAGGAACCUAACCAGGCAUAAACUGACUCACACCAGAGAGAAACCAUUUAGCUGUGGUGACUGUGAGAAAAGCUUCAAUCGCAAGGAUACCUUAACUACGCACAAACUGACUCACACCAGAGAGAAACAAUUUAGCUGUGAUGAGUGUGGGAAAGGCUUCAAUCGGAAGGUGAGCCUAAACACUCACGAACGGACUCACACAGCAGAGAAACCAUUCACCUGUGGUGACUGUGGGAAGAGUUUUAUUUAUAAGAGGGGCCUAAUGAGACAUAAACUGAUUCACACAGGAGAGAAACCAUUUAGCUGUGGUGACUGAGGGAAAAGUUUCAAUCGCAAGGAGACCUUAACUACACACAGACUCACAGCAGAGAUAAACCAUUUAGCUGUAGUAACUGAGGGAAAAAAUUAAAUCGGAAACAACAUGGCUGCUCAGUCUGUGAUAAUAUAUUAAUUCAGAAGACUAAUCUGCUAACACGUGAAAAACAACCACAAAGAAAGUAAAUGAGGACACAGAGAGGAGACUAAGAGAGUAUUGAGAUACACCUGUGGACCAACUCUAACUGGUUCUCCUGAUCCUGCUCAGUCCAAUGUCACAGUAAUUAUAUAAUGGGACUGUUGUCUGAACCUAACAGGUAAUGUUGCUGCUCUCUGUGUAUGAAAUGGACAAUUUGCAGUUCAGACAACCACCACUUUUUAGAUGAACAACUGAGGGAUGAUGUUGGAGAGUUGUGAACACUCAAUGUUGUAGACAGAUAUGUAGAUACAAGAUGUCCAGAUCUGAUGCAGGGUUUUCCAAUAGGCGGCCCGUUGGUGGUUUUAUUUGGCUCGCAAGUUUUCUGAGCAAAACAAGAUAAUAUAUAGAAUUUUUGUAUU